UACGUUUAGUUGUGUGAUCAAGUAGCACGUUUUAGUGUUUUCUUGUUUCAAUGUUUUAAAGCAUGUUAAAGAGUACAUUAUACAGUUUACAAAAUAAUAUAUAAGUUGAUAUUUUCAAUUUGCCACUACAUCUAUAUACAUUUUUAAAAAUGAACAACCAAGAAAGGGUAUUACCUGAAGCUACUAUACGGUCGUGUAUCGUAGUGUUAGCCAGUUUCUUAGUGAAUGGUCUUGUUUUUAGUUUUAUCAAUUCCUAUUCAGUGACUUAUGUAUAUCUCUUGAAAAGACUAGAGGAUGCUGGUGUCGGUGAAGCAGCGUCAAAAGCAUCAUUGGUUGGCUCUUUGACAGUGGGAACAACAUUUCUAAUGUCGCCUAUCGCUGGAGUUCUCGUUGAUCGCAUAGGAAUUAGAACAACUACAUUUAUAGGUGGUUUUAUUGCUACUAAUAGUUUAUUAAUAUCAUCAUACUUCACUCAUCAAGUGGAAGUAUUAUACGUAACUUACGGCCUAUUAUAUGGUAUUGGUGCAUCAUUGGCUUAUACGCCUUCAUUGGCUAUUCUUGGUCAUUACUUCAAAAAGUACCUUGGUCUGGUAAACGGAAUAGUCACUGCUGGCAGCUCAUGUUUCACCAUGUUCAUGCCAUAUAUCGUAGAUCAUCUACUUGUUAAAUUUGGUCUAGAUAACUGUUUAAGAUGGGAAGCAGCGUUAUCAGCCAUGCUAAUGGUAUGCGCUUUGGCGUUCAAGCCUACAUAUAAAGUGGAUAAAUCGGAUAUGCAUAAAUCCUUGGCUGAUGAAUUCCGUUCAUUGGUCAAUAUUGACAUUUGGAAGAACCCUAAAUACGUUAUUUGGGCCACAAUGAUUCCUCUCGCUCUCUUCGGAUACUUUGUCCCUUACGUUCAUUUGGUGAAAUUCGUUGAUGACCGUUUUCCAAAAAACGAUGGUAAAAUAUUAGUCACGUGUAUAGGCAUUUCUUCGGGAAUAGGUAGAUUAAUUUCUGGACCAAUAUCUGAUUACAAAGGAGUUAAUAGAAUCGUAAUGCAACAGUAUCUUAGAUAUUUUAAGUCCUUGUCGUCCUUGGAGUAUCCUCGAUUUUAUUAA